AUGUCAUCCUCCGCUGACACCACCCCCAUAUCCCCGGCCCGCUUCGCCGCCGCCCUCAAAGAGCUCUCCAUCGCCAUGCUCCACCUCAAAGUCCUCGAGAUCCGCAACUCCAUCGCCCACCUGCAGUACUCCAACGACCAGCUCAAGCCCUUCGCCGAGGGCUCUGCGACCGCCCUCUCUGAAACUGACACCUCGGGUACCAGCGCCCCCGACCAGGACUGCAUCGACGCCAUCAAGGAGAACGACCAGGUCAUCGACCGCAUGGCCGAGCGCAUCGCCAUCAUCCGCGUCGAGGUCGAGGACCGUGGGCUCAGCUGGGAGGAGUUCCAGAGCCGGGACGAGGCCGAGUCGAAGAAGGAGGACGAGCCUGAGAAGACAAACGGCACGACCCCUGCCGCGCCGACCACGAACGCAUCUGCAUCGGGCACCACCGGUGACCCAUGGAGCGACGGCACCUUCCAGGUGGGUACGAUCCGGAACGGAGAGCUGCACAUGGACGGCCAGGCCAGCCAGCCAGCGGGCGGCAGCUUGAGCGACGAGCAGCUGAGACGAGCUUUGGAGGAGCGCAUGCGGGAUCUUGGGACCGACGAUGACAACGAGGGGGGCAUGCACCUGUGA